GCGGUGCCGUUAGUUGCCCAUAACCACACGAAGAUAGAGCAGAGACGAGCAUCGUGAGAUAUUGUAACGAAUACAACAGCGAGUGGACAGAUAGUACUGAUAGUAUUAGUAAUUGUGUGAUAUCAUCGACGAUUUUACUACGUAACAAGACGAGAAAGUUCGUAUAUUGCUAUCCCAUACCUGUUUACUCUAGAAGUAUAUUUCGCUGAAUCAUCAGAAUGGCAGCUCCAGCAAUCGGCAUCGAUCUCGGAACGACGUACAGCUGCGUCGCCGUAUUCCAGCACGGCAAGGCGGAGGUGAUCGCUAACGAGCAGGGCAACCGCACGACGCCCAGCCACGUCGCUUUCACCGACAGCGAGCGUCUGAUAGGCGACGCCGCCAAGCAGCAGGUGGCACGCAAUCCGCACAACUCCGUGUUCGACGUGAAGCGACUCAUCGGCCGACGCUACGACGACGCCGUCGUGCAGGCCGACGUCAAGCUGUGGCCGUUCGCCGUCGUCGGCCGCGACAACAAGCCGCACGUGCAGGUGCAGCACGCCGGCGAGACGAAGCUGUUCAGCGCCGAGGAGAUCAGCUCGAUGGUGCUCGGCAAGAUGAAGGCGACCGCCGAGGCGUACCUGGGCAAGCAGGUAACCGACGCCGUCGUCACCGUGCCGGCCUACUUCAACGACUCGCAGCGGCAGGCGACGAAGGACGCCGGACGCAUCGCCGGCCUCAACGUGCUGCGCAUCGUCAACGAGCCGACGGCGGCCGCGCUCGCCUACGGACUCGACCAGCGGCUGGCGGGCGAGCGCAACGUGCUCGUCUAUGAUCUCGGCGGGGGCACGUUCGACGUGUCCGUGUUGACGAUCGACGAGGGCGCCAUGUUCGAGGUGCGCUCGACGGCCGGCGACACGCACCUCGGCGGCGAGGACUUCGACAAUCGGCUGCUCACCUACUUCGUCGACGAGUUCAAGCGCAAGCACAAGCGCGACCUGUCGGGGAGCGCGCGCGCGCUGCGGCGACUGCGCACGGCCUGCGAGCGAGCGAAGUGCACGCUGUCGAGCAGCAGCGAGGCGACGGUCGAGGUCGACUCCCUGCACGAGGGCGUCGACUUCUGCGCGAGGAUCACACGCGCGCGCUUCGAGGAGCUCUGCAGCGACCUGUUCGCGGCGACGCUGUCGCCCGUGGAGAAGGCGCUCGCCGACGCCAAGAUCGACAAGUCGUCGAUCGACGACAUCGUGCUCGUCGGCGGCUCGACCCGCAUCCCGAAGAUCCAGAAGCUGCUGCGCGACUUCUUCCACGGCAAGGAGCUGAAUCAGUCAAUCAACCCGGACGAGGCGGUCGCCUACGGAGCCGCCGUGCAGGCGGCGCUGCUGAGCGGCGACCGUAGCGACGCCAUCAAGGACGUGCUGCUCGUCGACGUCGCGCCGCUGUCGCUCGGCAUCGAGACGGCCGGCGGCGUAAUGGCGAAGAUCGUCGCGCGCAACACGCGCGUGCCGACGAAGGGCGCGCAGACGUUCACGACGUACGCCGACAACCAGCCGGCCGUCACCGUGCAGGUGUACGAGGGCGAGCGCGCGAUGACGCGCGACAACAACCUGCUGGGACGCUUCGACCUGAGCGACAUCGCGCCGGCGCCGCGCGGCGUGCCCAAGAUCGACGUCUCGUUCGACGUCGACGCCAACGGCAUCCUGACGGUGAGCGCCAAGGACGCGGGCUCGGGUCGCUCGAGCAACAUCACGAUCACGAACGACAAGGGUCGGCUGUCGAAGCAGGACAUCGAACGCAUGCUCGCCGACGCCGAGAAGUACAAGGCCGACGAUGACAAGCAAAUGGAGCGCGUCGCGGCGCGCAACAAGCUGGAGGGCUACGCGUUCACGCUCAAGGAAGCCAUCAACGACCCGAGCGUCGACGGGCGGCUAGAGGCGACCGACAAGGAAGCGGCGAAGCGAAGCUGCGACGACGUCAUCGCCUGGUUGGACGCCAACUCGCUGGCGGAGAAGGAAGAGAUCGACUACAAGUACGAGGAGCUGCAGCGGGUGUGUGCGCCGAUCAUGUCCAAGCUGCACCAGCCGUCGGACGGUCAGCAGGCAGGCCGUCAGCAACCAUGGUCAAACUGCGGGCAACAAGCUCAGGGUGCAAGUGGCAAGGGUCAUCCUACCGGCCCCACGGUGGAGGAAGUAGAUUAAAUUCACCAAGUCAUAUAUUAUUUGUUAUAUGUAUAUUAUUAUUGUAAUAUAUUGUUCAUCGAUAAGCUUGUAAAAAAGAAAUACGUGCAUUGUACUUCGUGGAAUCGCAAUUACUUUUAUUACCACAAUAAUUUUCACGUAACAUGUGAUACAAUCAUGCAUUGUAAAGUAAUAACUAGGACGUAAUGCAGGUGUUUUGGGCUUGCGCGCCGUUAGUGCUCUCUAUCGGCUAUUUGUAGCAUACUCAUCAAGACUGUUUAGCAUUGAGUACGAUAAACGAAAAAUACGUCAGGAUUCAUAUAUAUUGCUUUGUACAUGUGUGUAUUAUUUGUAAAAAUGUCGUAAUAAAUUAUAUGUCAAUAUACUCUCAAAAG